GGUGCAAGGCGAUAAUGCAAAGUGCUAUGUUCCUGGCUGUCCAGCACGACUGCGGACCCAUGGACAAAAGUGCUGGCACCUGGCCUAAGAACGAGGAGAAGCGAGAGAAGAUGAAGCGAACCCUAUUAAAAGAUUGGAAGAGCCGUUUGAGUUACUUCUUGCAAAAUUCCUCCUCUCCUGGGAAGCCCAAAACUGGCAAGAAAAGCAAACAGCAAACCUUCAUCAAGCCUUCUCCCGAGGAAGCCCAGCUGUGGUCAGAAGCAUUUGAUGAGCUGCUAGCCAGUAAAUAUGGUCUUGCUGCAUUCAGGGCUUUUUUAAAAUCUGAAUUCUGUGAAGAAAAUAUUGAAUUCUGGCUGGCCUGUGAAGACUUCAAAAAAACCAAGUCACCCCAAAAGCUGUCCUCAAAAGCAAAGAAAAUAUAUACUGACUUCAUAGAAAAAGAAGCUCCAAAAGAGAUCAACAUAGACUUUCAAACCAAAACUCUCCCUGGCACAUUAAAAUACAAGGGCAGCCCCUGCCACCUCAGCCUCCUGCCUGGGCCCCGUGGUUUCACCCCAGUGCCAGACCUAAUCAUGAAUCUGGUCCCUGAGCCCCCAGUUUACAGACUGACUCCUAUGGCCCAGGUGCCAGAUCACCUGCGUGGUCCCAGCGCCGAGGCCAAAUUCAGGAAAGCCAGGCAGCAGCCUUCACUAAUGAUCGGUUGGCCUUCACAGACCCCAACACCAGGCCCACCCAAGUUAUUCAUUUUAUAA